AGUCGGGGGCAAGAUGAGCGCCACAUCCUGGUUCCUGGUGAGCAGCAGUGGCACCCGCCACCGGCUCCCGCGGGAGCUCAUCUUCGUGGGGCGUGAUGAGUGCGAGCUCAUGCUGCAGUCCCGCAGUGUGGACAAGCAGCAUGCUGUUAUCAACUACGACCGGGACCGGGAUGAGCACUGGGUGAAGGACCUGGGGAGCCUCAACGGGACAUUCGUGAACGACAUGCGCAUCCCGGACCAGAAGUACGUCACACUGAAGCUCCAUGAUGUCGUCCGCUUCGGCUAUGACCCCAACAUGUAUGUGCUGGAGCGUGUGCAGCACCGCGUGCCCGAGGAGGCGCUCAAGCAGGAGAAGUACACCAGCCAGCUGCAGGUGAGUGUCCCGGGCCCGGCGCCCAAGAGGAGUGAGGUGCUGCCCGAGCACGCGCCCUACUGCGAGUCCUCGAACCCCAGACCUGAGAAAGGGGAGCGGCGACCAGGAGUGGAGACCGCGCCGUACCGCACACCCCUGUAUGGGCAGCCCUCCUGGUGGGGCGAGGAUGAUGGUGGUACACCGCCCGGGGACCGGCGCCAGGAGGAGGCCUUCCCAGAGCGUCCCAAGGAGCCGGUGCGGCAGGCCAUAAGCAUGAGGACGGCACGCAGAGCGACUCCGAGGACCCUCUGGCCACGGCGGCCCCAGCUGGCGGGGUCCCGGUGGAGGCGGGCGGGGAGCAGGUGCGGCUGCAGCGGCAGCUCCGGAGGGAUGACGAGGACACGCCCCGCAAGAAGCGUUCCCAGUCCUUCACUCACGCCCCACCCGGAGACCCCAAGGACAAGCGCCGUGGCCCCGGGACAGCUGAUCGGGACCGCCCAGGCGCCCCGGCCCCUGCUCGGGCAGUGGGCAGCAGCUCGGGACCGCAGAGGGCCAGCUCGCUAAGGCGGGAGAAGACAGAGGAGCGCCCUGGCGGCCCAGCGCCCGCUGCCCGGGCCCCUGCACGCCCCUUCGGCAGCGUGGGGCGCCGCUCCCGCCUGGCACAGGACUUCAUGGCCCAGUGUCUGCGGGACAGCUCCCCUGCUGCCCGGCCGAACCCGGAGAAGGCGCCCCCGGUGCUGCCUGCCCCACUGACACCCCGUGGGGCCAGCCCAGUGGCCCCGCCGACCCCUCCGCCCACCCCUUCAGACCCCCAGCUGACCAAGGCACGCAAACAGGAAGAGGACGACAGCCUCAGCGACGCGGGGACCUACACCAUCGAGACAGAGGCGCAGGACAGGGAGGUGGAGGAGGCCCGGAGGAUGAUCGACCAGGUAUUUGGGGUGUUUGAGGCCCCUGAGCUCUCCCGGGUGUCUGCAGCCACCUUCCGCCCGGUCAUCCGUGGGGACGAAGAGCCCGACGAGGAGGGUAAGGGCCAGCGCACGGCCCUGCUGCAGGAGUCCUCCCGGCCGCCGGGCACAGGCCCUGCAACCGAACCCCAGGGCCUCCUAGUGCAGGGGGCCCCUGGGGGCCAGAAGUGGGUGUCCCGCUGGGCCAGCCUGGCUGACAGCUAUUCAGACCCAGGCCUCACAGAAGACGUGCCUGGGCGCAGAGUGGCGGAGCCUGAGGGGGCCCUGCCUGUGCGUGCACGCCGCCUCCUCCCUCAGCUGCCCAGCGACAGGGCGGAUAGCCCCGCGGGCCCUGAAGCUGCCCGGAGGAGUGGGCCAGGGCCACCAGGGCCCAGCAGUGAGCAGGACAGCUGCCCCGUAGGCCAGGAGGACCUGGACCCUGACAGCCUCAGCGACGCUAGUGGGUCGGACGGUGGCCGGGGCCCUGAGCCAGGUGCGGGGCAGCAGGAGAGACACAGGAGCCCCCAGGAGGGGCUGGCGUGGGCCAGGGGCCAGCGCUCACCCAGGACCCCUGGGGAGCCGGCCCCUACCUCAUUCUUCAUUGGAGACCGGAGUGGGGAGGCUGCCUUCCUCAAGAAGUCACUUGUGGCCUCAGGGAGUGUGGAGGGCCCGGGCUGGGUGGCUCAGCCCACCACCCCAGUGAGAGACGGCGCCCAUGCCAACACCGGGAGGGUGCCUGUGCAGCUGCGGGCUGGGCGGGCCCCAGAGCCUGGUGCCCUCGCCUCGCCCAGGGAGUCCUCAGCCUUCGUGCGGCAGGAGAGCUUCACCAAGGAGCUGGCCAGCGGCCCCCCGGCACCCGGCCAACUCCCGCACAUCCCCAGUCACCCGCUGCUGCAGGACCUGGCCGCCGCCCGGGCCUCACGCACGGACUUCCAGGCCCAGGACACCCGCCUGAUCUUGAAGGAGACAGAGACGGCCCUUGCAGCCCUAGAGGCCCGACUGCUCUCCAAGGCUGCAGAUACUGAGGGCGGGGAGGCUGGUACCCCCAGGCCCCCCGAGGACUCCCUGUCUGGGGACUCGGACGUGGACACGUCCAGUACCAUCAGCCUGCUCAGUGGCAAGAACGGGCCCAGCCCGACAAGCCCCCAGUCCCUCGGACUGCAGGAGAAGGCGGCAUCGCCCGCCGGAGUGCAGAGCCCUGCAGGCGCUGCCCUGGGCAGCACCCAUGAGCGUCUAUCAGAGAAGCAGCCUCGCCCCCUGGGCCCGACAGAGCCAGGCCAUGGAGAAUCUGCACGGCGCCUGGCUGGGCGGCAUGGCCAUGGGCCCCGAGGCUCCCCAGAUUGGCCCAAUGACGAGCGGAGUCCUGCUGCGCCAGCCGCAAGCCCAGCGUUGCCGAAGCCCGGACCGCCGCCAGGAAGGCCGCCCCUGUCGCGAGCGCCCGCCAGCCCUUCAGCAGGGCCCGCCCGGGCAGCGCCAGGUUCUCCUCCCACUCGCGUCGCCGGCAGCAGGGCUCAGAUUGCACGUCCACGUCCGAAGAGGAGUACGGCUCCCAUCAUGGCUCCCCCAAACACACACGCUCCCAUGCCUCAACAGCCACGCAGACCCCGCGGGCCGGCAGCUCCAGCCGGGCUCGAACCCGGGCCCCUGGCCCCCGGGACACAGAUGACGAGGAGGAGCCUGACCCCUACGGUUUCAUAGUCCAGACAGCUGAGAUUGCUGAGAUUGCCAGGCUGAGCCAGACGCUGGUGAAGGACGUGGCCAUCCUAGCCCGGGAGAUCCACGACGUGGCAGCGGACAGUGAGCUGCCGGGCUCCCCAGGGCCCCCCCACAGCCCUCCCCUCAACAACGUGCCCAGCAGCCCCGCCUCGAGCAUCUCUGCCCGGGAGGAGCUGGUGCAGCACAUUCCAGAGGCCAGCCUCAACUUCCAGAAGGUGCCGCCCGGCUCCCGGAACUCGCGGGACUUUGACCAGAACAUGAACAACAGCCGUGAGGACUCCCUGGCCAAGACGCGGCCUCGGAACCACGAGGAGGUGAUCUUUGACAACCUGAUGCUGAACCCGGUGUCCCAGCUGUCCCACACCAUCCGCGAGCGCACGGAGCACCUCGCAGAGAAGAUGAAGGUGCUCUUUCAGAACACAGGGCGUGCGUGGGAGGAGCUGGAGGCCAGGAUUAAUGCGGAGAAUGAGGUGCCCCUCCUGAAGACAUCCAACAAGGAGAUAAGCUCCAUCCUGAAAGAGCUCAGACGGGUGCAGAAGCAGCUAGAAGUCAUCAACGUCAUCGUGGACCCCAGCGGGAACCUGGACCUGCUCACAGCACACAGGGGCUCUGUGGGGCAGGGCCGGCCUGCCCAGAGCCCACCCUUGCCCCGCCCCGCUGACGCCCUGCUGCCGGCCCUGCCCCUGGCACGGGCCACCUGCGGGCCCACGGGCCACCCGGACGCCACCUUCCUCCCCACCUUUCUCCCCGACGCCGACAGGUUCCGGAUCUAGGGCCAGGGCCCCCCAGGGCCUCCCCACCCUCCACACUCACCCCGUGCCCGGCCACAGCGGUCUCCGCGAGACCUCACAUGUGCCAAACCCGGGGCAGACGCCUCUGUACCCAGCACCCCUGCACUCCAGCCAGCCCCCAGCCCCCAGGCCGGCCGUGGCUGCCCCCACUGGCCUCCUGGCCCAGCCCCCGAUGUGUGCUCGUCUGUGUUUUGUCUGUAGCUUUAAUGGGAAGAGUCAUUGGUGCCAUUGCAGCGGCUCCUACAGGCCUGCUGACCGCCCUGGCCUGGACAGCCCUGCCCCACCUUGCCCAGAGGCCCUGUGCAUCUGGCCAGUCCCCGCAGGGCCCCAGCAGGCAGAGAAAUGGCCGCCCGAGGCAUCAUUCGGGACCAGCCAUGGAGCGGAGGGCUGGCGUGUCCCUUAGACUGUCCAGGGAGGCAGGGCCCUCCGCCCAGGGCUCCUACCCGAUGCCGGGACCUGAGCCACGCCAGAGCCUGGGCGGGUCCUGUGGAGAUGGUCUGGGCAGCAACUGACUGCUCAGGCCCUCAGUGCCAACGCCACUGCCAGCCCUCUGAGCGGGGCCGUCCUCAUGGGGCCCUCCCGCUAUGGGCUGGGGCUGGCAGCUGGGCAGGAACAGAGACGCCCGUCAGCAUGCACGGCUGGGCCCCGCCCCUCCGGCGCUGCGCCCAGACUGCGGGGUCGUCCGUGGGCUGCCCUGGGCCUUUGCACUGGGCUGCUGGGGCCUGGGUGAGCUGGGUGGUGAGCGUCCCCUUCAGGCGGAGGCGAGCGCUAGACCAAAGUCACUGGAAGCCAGGUUUCCGGACGCUCCCAGUCCUCCCCACCCUCCUGGACACUGGGCAUUAGGUGGGCAACAGCGCUGGGCCCACAGGGGCGGCGUGGCCCAGGGCAGUUCCGUUUUCUCAGGAUUCUUUGAGCUGGGAGCAGGCCAGGUGGGCAGAGUGUGGCCCUCUGCUGCUGCCCUCCCGGGUAGCUAUGGCUGUGCCACCUCUAAGCCUGAGGGCCGUGGCCCGGCAGGUGGGGCAGGCAGUACCCCACCAUCCAGACUGGCGUGAGUGCGCGGUGCCGUCCCGGGGCUAGAGCACGUUCUGGGCUCGGGGCGGGGUGCCUGAGGGUGGGCCAGGGCCACACGGGCUUGCACGGAGCUGCCCCGGAGCGUGUGCACCUCCCGGUGCUCGGCGUCCUCCCUGUGCUCAUGCGUGCGUGGGCGUGGCUCUGAGAGCCUGCUGUCCACAUGAGGAGGUGCUAGCCCGGUGUCGCCGCCUGCCACCCUGCACAGCAGUCCCUUGCCACCACCGCCGCAGCCACACCCUGCUCCGCGGUAAUUGCCACACAGUUUUCUUACUCACAAAUCCACGUUCCUCCCCACAUUGAUUCCCCCGUUGCCCGCCCAGCCUUCAACUUGGGUUUGGUGACUUUUCUGGCUUCUCAGAGGUAUCUGUACCCUUGUUCUCAGGUGGUCUGUGGAUGUCUUUCCGAAAAUGGUUAUUUUAUAUGAUUUGUCAUGAAAUUUGUUCUAAUAAAUCAUUCCUCCGUCACGCUGCAGCA